UGCGCGGGACCAGGUGACCAGGUUUACUUGUGACCAGGUUUACUUGCUGAGCCAUCUCCUGGUGCGUAGGGGGUCCUUUGGGGGCUCCUUUGGGAGGCCGGUCGGGCGACAGAGGCUCAGGGAGAGAUUUUUGUGGCUCUUCUAUGCUGAGGAGCGGUCCUUUGUGGCCUUUCGAUUUCUAAUUAGUUUAAUGAGUCUGCUGCUAACUUGAAAAGAAAAUGGAUGCAAAUACUUCUGUUAACGUAUUUUCCAAAGCCCUGGAAGCUCCGAUGCUUCAGACAGCUAAGAUGGUAGAAGAACAGCUUGAUGCUGAAAUACAAAAAUUGGACCAGAUGGAGGAAGAUGAACUGGAACUUCUCAAACGAAGAAGGCUUGAAGCACUCAAGAAAGAUCAGAAACAAAAACAGGAAUGGCUUUCAAAAGGACAUGGAGAAUACCAAGAAAUCCCCAGUGAGCGAGAUUUUUUUCAAGAAGUGAAAAGGAGCAAAAACGUGGUCUGUCAUUUUUAUAGAGAUUCAACCCUCAGAUGCGUAAUAUUCGACAAACAUUUAACAAUACUUGCAAAAAAGCAUAUUGAGACUAAGUUUAUCAAGUUAAAUGCUGAAAAAUCACCAUUUCUUUGUGAGAGACUUCACAUCAAGAUAAUUCCCACAUUAGCACUAUUAAAAGAUGGAAAAACUCAAGAUUAUGUGGUUGGAUUUACUGAUCUUGGCAACACAGAUGAAUUCACCACAGAAACCUUAGAAUGGAGAUUAGGUUGCGCAGAUAUCAUCAAGUACAGUGGCAACUUAAUGGAGCCGCCUUUCCAAAGCCAAAAGAAGUUUGGAACCUCUUUCACAAAACUGGAUAAGAAAACAAUCAGAGGAAAGAAAUAUGAUUCAGAUUCUGAUGAUGAUUAGAAUUCAUGAUACAAAUAUUUGUAAACCAUUUUUCUUUUAUGUUUGAUACAUUUUUAGAAAUGUUUUAUAUAGCUGUUUGCUUUCAGAACAUUUGCACAUGACACUCAUUUUCUAACAGUUUUAUAGAGCUCAUGAAAGGAAAUCUUAAAUAUUUCUUCCUCUUAGGAAAUAAUUUCUUUACUAUGAAGAAAUUUGAACUCUCUUUAAACUGUGUAAUAUGAGAUAUGACUUUCAGCAUUUUCUUAAUUUAACAAUAGCUCUCUUAAAUUGCAUCUUAAAAUUUAUAUCAUUUACCAUUAAGGUAUUAAUGAAAGACUUCUGUCAAGAAUUGUUAUUUAAACUAUUCUUGAAGUAGUGCAUUAAUAAAAGUCAUUCUAAUAAUACCAUGA